AUGGCAGCCAGAAAAUCGCCUGGAAAACUCCCCCAGAAGCAGGACGGCGCACCUGUUGAUGUCAUAGACAUCUCGUCGGAUUCAGAACAGGAGGCCUCGGAGGUGGAUGAUGAAGCGCCGGAACCGGUACCGGACAGCCCGGCAGGUGUCGAGGAACAACCGCUCUUGAGGGCGGCCGGCAUCAAGUAUAAGACCGAGGAACCUCGAAGUGAGGAGGAGCCACAGCAGGAGCGGCAGCUAUCCCCGUCCAGCUCCAAGCUGGCCUUGCGAGUCAAGGAGACGGGAUCUGCGAAGCACAGACGUGUCAGUAUCGAGAUUCCGCUUCCGACCUCAUCAGAGCUGCGACGGAGGAUAGCCGAGGCCGAGGGCGCACUCAACCAAGAGCACCACGGGGAUGAAGUUUCUAAGACACCAAGCGAGAGGAAGCACAUCACGUUUGAUGACAGUGACUACGACGAGUUUGUCACGCCCAAAGAGGCACCCUCCAGGGAUCCUUUGGAAAACAGCGUUCCCAGGGCAACGUCUACAACCGCGAGGGCGGAUACAGCCGCGCAGGACGGCGAGGAACACGAGGAGGAAGAAAGUGACGACGACGAUGCGCCACCAGAAUCGAUAUCGAAUACGGCAGCCGCGGCCGAGACUCUAAAGGCCGAGCAAGCCGCGGUAAAAGCGGCCCAGCAGCAAGCUGCCGCUUUGAAGCGGAAACGGCAGGAGCGUGAUGCAUUUUUCAAGCAGCAGGCAGAGGAGAGAAAGCGGGCGCAGCGUCCGGACAGACAGGACGACGAGGCAGAUGAUGUUGCCCCCAGCGCCCGGGGGGCCACCCCGGAGACAGAGCAGAGGAAGCGAGAGGUGCCGAAGCUCCUCCCUCUUGAGCUUCUGGAGUCAGAUGAUGAGGAAGACGUUGCCCGGCUGUCCAGGCCGGCCGCGGACGGAACACAGAAGCGGAGGAGGUUGGAUAGCGCAGAGCAGCUGUUGCUUCGGGAAGCCAAGCUUCCCAAGGACAAGAGGCGGGGGUCGACCGCAUAUCGAGUUGUGGCAGGUACUGGUGACGAGAGAUUGGCGCCCAAGGUCAAGAAGCAGGCGGUCGGGCUUCGGGAGACUCUCCUGCGGCGGGACCGGGUAGCCAAACCCAGAGGAGGGUUCUUUGUCAGGAAACGCUAG